UUGUCAUCAUAUCAUUUAUCAUUAAGUAGUCAUUCAGUCUAUAAAUUAAUUUCCUUGUAAAUAAUAAAUCAAAAUUACGCAGUCGAAAAUUUAAAAUACCCUAUUCAUUUGCAUCCACAGAACCAAGUAAAAAGCAUGGCUCUUCUCUCUUACACAAAAGUGCUAUAUUCAACGUCAAAAUGUUACAUGAACAAAUGUUUUAAUCUAAAACUCGGUGUGCGAAAUCUGAUGUCAAAACAAUUAGUUUACAAUGAAUUUGGAGAUCCACUACAAGUCAUAAAGUUUAGAGAAUGUUCGAUACCACCUCUCGGCAGCCAAGAGGUACUCGUCCGAAUGUUAGCCGCACCAGUCAACCCUGCCGACAUUAAUACCAUACAAGGUAAAUAUCCUGUUAAAGUGAAUAUGCCAUGUGUUCCUGGAAAUGAAGGUGUGGGUAUUGUUGAAGAUAUUGGUAAAGAAGUCAAAGGUAUCAAUCCUGGAAACAAAGUAAUUGUAACAAAACCUGUUCAAGGCACUUGGAGAACAAUUGCUACAUUCACCCGAGACGUUGUAAGAGUUGUGCCUGACAACCUAGGAGUAGUAGAAGCUGCUACACUUACUGUCAAUCCUUGCACAGCUUAUAGAAUGUUAACAGACUUUGUUUCUGUAAGGGAUGGUCAUGUUGUGAUACAAAAUGGAGCAAAUAGUGCCUGUGGCCAAAAUGUUAUCCAAAUAUGUAAAGCAUGGGGUAUAAAAAAUAUUAACAUUGUACGUAAUAGGCCUGACAUUACUGAUCUAAAACAAUAUUUAGAAGACUUGGGAGCAACUUAUGUAUUGACUGAAGAAGAAUUACGGUCCACAAAUAUAUUUAAAGACAAAAAAGUGGAUAAACCAUUAUUGGCUUUAAACUGUGUAGGUGGUAAAAGCUCUUUAGAAAUGAUGAGGCAUUUACAACAUUCCGGAAAAAUGGUCACAUAUGGUGGAAUGUCUAGGGAACCAGUUAGCAUUCCUACAUCUGCAUUUAUAUUUAAAGAUCUUUCUUUUUAUGGAUUUUGGAUGACACACUGGAAUGAACAAGCUAAUCCUACAGAUAAAGACAAAAUGAUGAAUGAUCUUAUAUCAUUAAUGUGUGAUAAUAAGUUAAAAGGUCCUGUCCAUAAAAUGGUGAAGUUUGAUAAUUAUAAAGAAGCCUUAGAAAAUGCCCUUACCUCCAAAGGGUUCACAGGAUGAAAAAAUCUAUGCUUACCUUGCCUACCAUCAAUUGGAGGCGACGAAGGUGUUGGUGAAGUAGUGGAAAUUGGCAAUCAUGUAUGUACAGUAAAACCAGGAGACAGAGUAGUACUGACAUCAAGAUUACUUGGCACCUGGCGUUAUUACGGAAUUUAUCAUGAAAGAAAUAUUCAUAUUAUUUCGCCAAAUCUACCAUUACCUGAGGCCGCCAUGCUUACCAUAGCUCCCUGUACAGCUUACAGAAUGUUAAAAGAUUUCAGAAUAUUAAAACCUGGAGACACGGUUAUACAAAACGCUGCUAACAGCCCUUGUGGACAAUGUAUAAUACAAUUAUGUAAAGCAUGGGGUAUAAAUACUUAUAACAUAGUAGCAAAUCACUGCGGAUAUGAAAUUGUUAAGAAGAACCUUUUAAGUCUUGGAGCUACUUCUGUAUGUACACUCAAAGAAGCUGAAGAAUUAACGAAUUUUAACACAUCAUUGUCUAGGCCUGUUUUAGCGUUAAACUGUUUAGGAGGUAGAUAUGAAAAUGUAAUGCUGAAAUUACUCGAACGUAAUGGAGCCGUAGUUUAUUAUGGCUGCGCUUUUAGUUUGCCUUUAGUUAAGCAAUUCCUACGGUGUGAUGCAACAUUUGCCAGAUUCCAUUUAAAUGACUGGGACGCUCAAGCAACUUGUAUUGAAAAAGAUCUUAUGAUAAAUGAAAUUGUACAAUUAAUGGUCAUCGGCGAGUUUAGAGCACCUACUUAUGAAACAGUGGAAUUGAAAAAUUAUGUGCAUGCUAUUCGAAAUACUGUGCAUUGUGAAGCUUUCGCUACUAUAAAUUAUGUUUUUGAUUUUACCUUGCCAUAACAAAAUUGCAUAGGAAAAA